AUGGGGAUGUUUGUGCUACUCUCAUUACUAAUAAAAGAGCCAUUAGAUCGAACACUCAUACCAAGUAUGAUAUUAUUGGAAGGGACAAUGGGAAGGAAAGUUCAGAUAGUGUGGCCGGAAGAAAGGAAUGAAGAGGAGGCGACAGAAGCAGCCCUAGGGGAGGACUCUGAGGGUCUGGAAACUGGGGAACCUGUGUCAGGGGGUUGUUUUCAUACUAAUGGACGGGAGGUGAAUCCCCCUGCUACUACCCCGAAGGUUCUUCCGGAAACUCAAACAGAUAAUGUUGUGGAUAAGGUGGUUAGUCACCUUGAAAGGUGGCAUUAUAAAGGAGGAUACCGUCGAUUAAGAAUUUUUUCAGGGAUCAUUCCUGUUCCGGCUGGUGAAGAAACCUAUGAGAUGUGGCGUGAAGCUGCCGUACAACAUUCAGAAGAAUGGCAAUGUCCAGAGCAUAUAAGAAGACAAAGGGUGGUCGAGAGAUUACGGGGACCCGCAAUGGGGGUGAUUCAGGCAACACGCCGGAGUAACCCUACCGCCACAUUAAAAGAAUACCUAGAAGCAUUGGACUUUUCCUUUGGAACAUUAGAAGAUAUGGGAGACCUGAUGGCCCGGUUGAAUAGCACGUAUCAGGAACAUGGCGAGACCCUAACCCAUUACAUAUACCGUGUCGACCGGUUAAUAUAUAAAAUCGUGGAUAGAGGGGGUUUUAGUCCGGAUAUAGUAAAUGAGACGAGACUAAAGCAAGUGUUGAAAGGGGCCCUGACCAAUAACCCGGUCGCCCAAAGACUAAGAUGCACCAUGACUACUGCCAAACCCCCUACAUUGACCGAGUUGGUCAAAGAAGUAAAAAUAGAAGAGGUGCAAAUUGAGAACCAUGAAAAGUCUGUUAGAAAAGUUAAAGUAGUGUUGCCCACCCCUGAUACCAUCCCUCCUCCCAUGGAUGAUAGACUGGUAAAACUAAUUGAAGAACAAGAUAAAAUAAGAAGAUUGACCAAUUGA